AUGUUUAUCUGUUUUUACUGUCUGGAAGGUUCUUCUGUUCCUUCUCCAUGUCCAUUGGGCUAUGUCAGUCCAUUAGCUGACAGGAUAUCUCUGAGCGACUGCUCCCCCUGCCCCUCCGGCUACUUUUGUAACAGCAAGGCUCUGACAGAACCGUCUGGACCCUGCAGCGCAGGGCAUUUUUGUUCCCAGAGGUCCACUGAGCCUUCACCUCUCUCCCAGCCAUAUGGAGAUGUUUGUCCUGAGGGACACUUCUGUCCUCAGGGAAGUGGGUCACCCAAACCCUGUCCUGUCGGCAGUUUCCUUCCAGAUGCUGGAGCUUUAUCCCUCUCCCAAUGUCGUCCUUGUCCCCCAGGGAAAUACUGCCUAACUCCUGGAGCCACACAUCCUACAGGUUCAUGUUAUACAGGUUUCUUCUGUGCUGGAGGUGCUGAUGGCCCCACACCACAAGCCAACUCAUCUGACUUUAAUUGUCUUGUGCAAAUCCUGGACAUUUACUCGAUGGAACUAGACAUGGUCUUGUGGAUGUGGAAUCAUUCCUGCUCCAACGUUUCCAAAUCUGCUGCAGGGAGAAACACUACCUGGAUCAAAGUAGUUCUGGUGCCCCAGGCUGAUUCUGAUCACAAUGUGAAUCAGAAAGCAGAACAUCUCAAGAGUCCACAUUAUGCAUGUUCCACCUACAGAGGGGAUAUAUGUCCUAAGGGAUCCGCUUACCCUAAGCUUUGUGAUGUUGGUUUUUACUGCAACCAGACUGGUCUAGAUGCACCAGCAGGACCCUGCAUGGCUGGCUAUUACUGCCCCUGGGGGUCCUCAGACCCUUACGUUAACCCAUGCCCCUCCGGACACUACUGCCCAGUUGGAACACCACUUCCCAUUCCCUGCCCUUUAGGAACCACUAAAAGCUCCUUCGGUGGAUCCACAGUGGAGGCAUGUCAGCCGUGUCCUCCAGGUCACUACUGCAAUCAGAGAGGGCAGGCUGAGCCAAGUGGCCACUGUGCAGAGGGCUACUAUUGUCCUGAAGGACAGAGCUCUCAAAGACCUCAACUGCAUGUUUGCUUACUGGGACAUUAUUGUGAGAAGGGAAGUGUGAGGCAGAGCCCCUGCACUCCUGGCAGCUACCAGCACAGACAGGGCCAAGGGACCUGUGAAACAUGCCCCCCUGGCUUCUAUUGUCAAGAUCAGGGAAUGAGUCAUCCACUUCCCUGUGACAGAGGAUAUUACUGCCCUACUACAUCAGUAACUCCACAUCCCUGUCCAUCAGGGACCUAUGGAAACGUGUCAGGACUUACAGAAGAGUCCCAGUGCACACUAUGUGACCCUGGCAUGUACUGCAAAGGAUCAGGAAGGACUUUCCCCAGUGGGCUUUGUGCUGAGGGGUACGUUUGUGUUGAAGGAGCCUUUGAGCAUUCGCCAUCAGACAGUUUGACGGGAUUCCCAUGCCCACCUGGAUAUUAUUGCCCCAGGGGGACUUUUGUACCAAAACCGUGCCCUAAAGGGACAUACAGCGAACAACGUGGGCUUGCAGACAGUUCUCACUGUCAGAGCUGCGGUCCUGGUUUUUACUGUUCAGAACCUGGUCUCUCUUCAGUCUCUGGACCCUGCCUCGCAGGUUACUAUUGUUUAGAGGGUUCUCAGUCUGCUUCUCCAGCAUCAGGUGAAUUUGCAGGCGUUUGUCCAGUAGGUCACUACUGUCCAAAAGGCACCAGUGUCCCAACACCUUGCCCAGCUGGUUUUUACCAAAAUGAUCCCGGAAGCAAAGGCAGAGAUGACUGUAAACCCUGUCCACCUGGGUGGUUCCAGGAUUUACCUGGUCAGAAAGAAUGUGUUCCCUGCCCUGCUGGGUUCCACUGCCAGCCUCUGAAUCCCACUCCCAGCAGAGGGACUUCUCUUGGAGUCUCCAGUCCUCUGCCCUGCCCAGCUGGGUAUAUCUGUCCCAGAGAUAGUCUGGACAAUCAGCCUAUUCCAUGCCCUAAAGGAACCUACAGCUCUAGCCAGGGUCUUAUCUCUACAGGUCAGUGCUUAAUGUGUCCGGCAGGUCAGUUCUGUGGAUCCGAAGGUUUGGUUGAGCCCUCGGGAUUGUGUGCUGCUGGUUUUCUGUGUCUGAUGGGUGCAAAGGUCCCAAAUCCAACUGACAACAGGACAGGAUCUCUGUGUCCACCUGGGAUAUUCUGCCAGGAAGGACUUAGAGCAGGUGAUUGCCAGGCAGGGUUUUAUUGUGACUGGGGGUCCACUAAAGCAGAUCAGGCUCUGUGUCCAGCCGGUUUCUUUUGCCCCAGUGGGACAAGAGUCCCCUUGGCUUGUCCUGCAGGAACAUUUAGCUCUGAAAUGGGCAACACUCACCAAGACAACUGCACCAUCUGUAUCCCUGGAUACUACUGUCAAGAUGAAGGUACUCUCCAGCCUGUACUUUGUCCUGUUGGACAUUACUGUCCUGCAGGGCAGAUUUUAGGACAGGAGUUCCCUUGCCCUCCUGGCACAGUACAGAGUCGUCUUGGAGCCUCCAAUCCUAAUGCUUGCAGUCCCUGCUCUGCUGGAAUGUUCUGCUCUCAGUUUGGUCUGUCACAGCCCUCAGGUCUUUGUCAGGAGGGAUAUUUCUGUCCUGCAGGAUCAACCAGUCCAAACUCUACAGAGAAUCAGGUUAAUUCAACCAAUGGCCAUCUUUGUCCAUCUGGUCAUUACUGCCCAUCUGGCACUGGUCAUCCUCUCCCUUGCCCCAUUGGUUCUCUUGCCAUUUCCCAGGGACUAAAAGCACCAGAAGAAUGUCCACCCUGUCCUCCUGGAUUAUAUUGUGACAGUCCUGCGAUGUCAGAUCUAUCCAGCGCUUUGCCAUGUCACGCUGGUUAUGUUUGUUUGAGAGGAAGCUUCAGUCCCACACCGUCCGAUGGCUUCCGUGGUUACCCUUGCCCUGCUGGCUACAGCUGUCCUGUUGGCACAGCGAGCGAAGUGCCCUGUGAAGCUGGCACUUACGGUCCGGUCCCUGGAGCAGCUCAGUGCAUGGUCUGCCUAAGAGGAACCAUGUGCCCCACUUCAGCUACUCAAGAGCCCUCUAUCUGCCCAGCUGGCCAUUUUUGCCCAGCUGGGACAGUCCUGCCUCAGCCAUGCCCUAUAGGAACUUUCAACAACCAAACAGGAGCUCAUUCUCUAUCUGCCUGCUUGCCAUGUCCUUCUGGAGUGUACUGUAGCUCAUAUGGAGCUUCUACUCCGCAAGGUCCUUGUUUGCAGGGCUACUUUUGCCAAAGUGGAGCCACAGUGCCAACACCUGAGAGUUCUGAAAUCUUUCUGAGGAAUGGGCCCUGUCCUGUUGGACACUAUUGUCCAGCAGGGUCUCUCACCCCAGUUCCAUGCCCUGCUGGGAGUAUCCGCAAUGCAACUGGAGGUGUUUCCAUGCAAAACUGCUUUGCCUGUCCUGCUGGACACUACUGCUCUUCUGAUGGGCUGGCUAUCCCUAGUGGUCCAUGCUCUGCUGGUUUUUACUGUCCAUUUGACUUCUCCUCAACCACUCCAUAUGCUUUCCUCUGUCCCAAGGGCCAUUUCUGUCCCGAGGGAUCUGCAAUGGCCUUGCCAUGUCCUACCGGAGAAUACCAACCAAACCCGGGGUCGGAGAACUGUUUCCCAUGCCGACCUGGAUUCUUCUGUGAGGUGGCUGUAGUGGGAAACCCAUGGCCCUGUCCUCCACACUCAUUUUGUCCAGCAGGGACAAUGGUGCCACAGCCCUGCCCUAAUGGGACAUACACCCAUUCAAACCAGAGUGGGUUACAGGAAGAGAAAGAGUGUCUGCCAUGCCCUCCAGGGAAGUUCUGCAGGGCUGGUAAGAUUCAGGGUGUUUGUGCUGCAGGGUAUCUGUGCAUUUCUGGGAGUGCAGGUUUCACCCCUCAGGGAUCAGUGUCUAACAUGACCCAUUGUCAGUGGGGUGUGCAGUGUGCAGGCCCAUGUCCACCAGGUUUUUAUUGUCCUGAAGGUACAGAAGAAGCUCAGCUGUGUCCUGCAAAUACAGUCAGGAGCUCUGCAGGGGCCGUGAGUGUAAAGGACUGCUUAUCCUGCCCACCACAGUAUUGGUGCAAACCUGGAAACCCAGUCAUUCAUCUGUGUCCGGCUGGUCAUUACUGUGACGGUCUGCCCGGAAGUGACUUCAGUGUUGGUACUGGACCCCGGCCAUGUCCUAUGUUUACUUAUCGAGCUUCCCCAGGAGCAGGCAGCAAGGGUGACUGCUUGCCCUGUCCUCCUGGUUCAAACUGUAACAGCACAGGACUCACAGAGUAUAACAGCAGUCCCUGCCCACCUGGCCUCUGGUGUAGUGGGACUGGACCCCCCAUCUUCUGCCCAGCAGGGACCAAGAGACAGCUUCCUGGAGCUGCUGCACCCAACCAUUGUGAACCCUGUGCAGGGGGAACCUUCUGCCCAGACCCUCGCAUUACAGGAAAGCCCAACGUGGAAGGAAUCCCCUGCAGGGCCUCGUAUCAAUGUCCCGUUGGUGCAAUUUCAGAGAAGCUAUGCAGAGCCGGCUCAUACUGUGGACCUCAGACGUCUGAUCCUCAAGCGUGCCCAGAAGGUUAUAUUUGCCCCGAGGGAUCAUAUUCAUAUGACAACCCUAAACAAUUAUGCCCAUAUCCCUACUACUGCCCUGCCAACAGCUCUGCAAUGAAAUCCUGUGCUGGAGGAUCCAUGCCUGUCAGCACGAGUGGACUCAGAGGAUCAAACAACAGCAGCUGUAGCUUGUGUGAAGUGGGGACUUAUCGUCCAUACCUUUCCCCGAGUCUGCAGUGCCUUCCAUGUCCACCAGGAUACUACUGCCCCCAAGGCACGGAUAACUACAAGAGUAAUCCCUGCCCUCUGGGGUAUGUCUGUGGGAAGGGAUACGGCCAGCCGGAGUCCUGCCCACCUGGCACUUUUGGUAACCUUACCCGUGCUGAGAAAAUGGACGACUGUCACCCUUGUCCAACCAACACCUUCAACCACCUGCCUGCCCAGAAGGCCUGUUUUCCAUGUGGCAGUUCCUCCACCUCAUCACUUGGUUCCUCUUCCUGUACCUGCAUUGGGAAGAAUCGGGCUUUCCAGUAUUCUGAUGGAUCGUGUUUGUGCCGAACUGGUUUUAUCUACUACAAUGAGCUGGACUUCAAAAGUUCUACUUCUGAUAGUGAAUUGGACUGCCAGCCUGAGGUGAACAGACGGUGCAGCACAGGAGAAGUACGAUUAGCAGCCUCCAGAGAGUGCGUCUCACCCUCCCUCCACUCCUGUAAUAUAACCUGUGGAUCGCAUGGAGGAACUCUGGAUGUGGAGAUGGGCAUCUGUCUGUGUGAGCGAUAUGUGUCUGCAGAGGAGAUUUGCAAUACUUCCUGCCUCUUCAGGCUGCCUCAGGUGUCUGCCCAGCUCACACCGGACGGAGACUUGCAACUCAGCCUUAGAGAAAGAAACAGCAGGGUCUGGGCAAGGGUGAGAGAAAGCUGA